CAACUAACGGAAGAACGUUUCGCCUAAGCAAUCAAGAAACAAUACGGACCUGCCUAGAGGCAGACUUUCUCGCCUUAUCGUGGUGGAUUGAACAAGCAGGUUGUGAACGGAAGAAAGCUCAGGCUUUUCCUAAGCACACGAUAUACACUCCAAACCGAUUAUAGAAUGAAUGUUUUUCUGCGAGCGAGUCUGAGAGAUAAUCGAGCUACCCAAAGAUAUAAAGGUUUCACUCCUUGCAUCAAUUGUACACUCAACACCCUCCAACGAUCGCUAUUGCUUACAUCUAACCACAAUGAAGCUCACUUUAUCUUUCGUUUGUGUUGCCAUUGCUUUGCUGCAGAUGACCGCGGCAUCUCCGGUCGUCAAAGAUGUCGAGAAGCGCGCGCAAAAGGCGUUCCCAUCUUGUUGCUGAGGACCCCUCUGAUGUCGAGAAACGCGCGCAAAAGGCAUUCCCGUAUCUUGUUGCUGAGGACCCCUCUGAUGCCGAGGUCCCCCCCAAUAAGGCAUUCACAGACAUCGCCGCCGAGAAAUCCCGUGAUGUCGCGGACCCCCCUACGAAAUCAUUCUCAUACAUUGUUGCGGAGGAAUCCCGUGAUGUUGAGCCCGCCAAGGAGGAAUCCCGUGAAGUUAAGCCCCUCAAGAACGGGCCCACCAAGGAGGAAUCCCGUGAGAUUAAGCCCCUCAAGAACGGGCCCCCCAAGGAGGGCACCCCCAAGAAGGCUCUCUAACGUGGUAUGUCUUGAGUAUCAUGUUGGAGUUUCGACUCUUUUCAAACUGUUAGCACAGCUACAGCCUAAGGUCAGAAGCUCGAGGUUAUCUCCAUCUUGGACAACCUGUCUUCGUUACGGUGCAAAUUAGACAGUUAUCAUCGAUGUAUCACUAUCGCACAAUCAUCUGAUCGCAAGAAUCAAUUCUCAUUAUCCC